UCUCUCUAGAAUUUAUUUUUAUCCUAGCUUUUAAACCGUAUGUCCGAUUUAGGAUCCGUUUUCUUCUAAGAAUUCGUCUCAACGAGCUCUUUCUAUUGGUGGAAAGAAAAUCAGAUUUGGUGAAAUUAUUUUUUUCGACCCAGAAGACUUGAUUUUAUUUUGUAUUGCCAAAUCAGUUGACUAGAGAACCUGGAGUUCCUGAACUUAAAUUCCUUUCCUCAUUAUUCAAUUCCACUUCGCUGCGAGAGUUGGUUCUGACUGAAAAUCCUCUAAAUGGCAUCAUACCCAAUUCCUUUGGAAAUGUUUCUUCCCUUCAGCACAUUUCAGCAAUUUCGUGCCAGAUAAAGGGUCACAUUCCCACAAAAUUCAUUCCUUGAAAAGUUUAAUCUACCUUAAAUUUGUGGACAACAAUAUAAGUGGAAAAAUACCACCACAGAUUGGAGGACUGGAGAGGUUACAAAGGUUGUAUCUGAGCUUUAACAGAAUUGAAGGAUCCAUUCCAUAUGGGAUCUGUCAUCUGCAGAACCUUGGAGAACUAUCACUAGAGAAUAACAAAAUCUCUGGAUUGAUCCCAAAUUGCAUUGGAAACCUCAGCCGCACCCUUCAAAUAUUUCUCCUAAAUUCCAACCAAAUGACAUCCUUGAUACCAAUGAAUUUAUGGAACUUGGAAAAUCUCUUGGUGUUAAAUUUGGCAUCCAAUUCUUUCAGUGGAGACAUACCUACCACUUUGACAAAGUCGAUUUCCAUUGAAGUGAUUGAUUUAUCUUAUAACCAAAUUACUGGUAAUAUUUCAAGCAUCAUAGCAGCAUCCCAAAGCCUAGCUUACCUUGAUUUGUCAAAGAACUGGUUUAUAGGAUCCAUUCCACCGAGCUGUGGUGAUCUGAAAGGGUUAUCUGGAGUCUGGACCUAUCAUACAAUAACCUGUCUGGUGCAAUACCAAAGUCUCUUGAAACUCUCAAAUUUCUCGAGUAUUUGAAUCUCUCUUUCAAUGAUCUCUUUGGAGAGAUUCCUUCUGGUGGACCAUUUGUAAACUUUAGUUCCCGAUCAUUUUUGGAGAAUAAAGCACUUUGUGGGAGACCAAAGUAUGGAGUUCCACCUUGUAUGACUCAAAAAUCAAAGACGACACAUCCUGUGCUCACAUAUGUUCUUCCUAGCAUUGCAUCGACAGUGAUUCUGAUAGCCCUCAUUUAUAUGAUCACAUGGUAUAGAAAAAGAAAGAGAGGCAAGAGUACAACAGUUGAACAGCUUACAACAGUGGAGCAUAGUAGGAUAUCAUAUCAAGAACUCCGUCGCGCUACAAAUGACUUUUGUGAAAGCAACUUUCUUGGAGGGGGAAGUUUUGGCUCGGUGUACAAGGGGAUACUGUCUAAUGGGACUACUAUUGCUGUCAAAAUUCUUAAGCUGGAAAUGGAGGGUGCUGUAAAAAGUUUUGAUGCAGAAUGCAAGGUGUGGCGAACAAUCCGUCAUAGGAAUCUUGUAAAGAUUAUAACUACAUGUUCCAGCCCUGAGGUCACAGCUUUGGUGCUGCAGUACAUGUCUAAUGGCAGUCUUGAGAAGUGGUUAUACUCUCACAACUACUGUCUCAGUAUUCUGCAAAGAGUGAGCAUGUUGAUCGAUAUUGCAUCUGCUUUGGAAUAUCUCCAUCAUGGUCAAGCAGAAGCAGUGGUGCACUGUGAUGUGAAGCCUGGGAAUAUCCUUCUUGAUGAAGUCAUGGUUGCACAUGUUGCAGACUUCGGUCUUGCAAAAAUUUUAGCAAAAUACAAAGAGGAAACACAGACAAGAACCAUCGGCACUCUGGGCUACGUAGCACCAGAGUAUGGUUCCGCAGGAAAAGUGUCCAAAAAGGGUGAUGUCUAUAGCUUUUGGAUAAUGCUGCUGGAAAUAAUGGCGAGAAAGAAACCCACUGAUGAAAUGUUUGCCGGAGAAGUUACUUUGAGGCAAUAUUGGAUAAAUGUCUCUAUCCCUGAUAAUGUUCUGGAAGUGGUGGAUGCUGGCUUAUUGAGCAUAGAAGAGGGAAGAGACAUGAAUGCCACAGAAAGUAUCCUAGUGUCCAUCCUCGAAAUAGGCUUGACAUGUUCGGAAGAAGUAGCAGAGGAUAGAAUGGACAUUAAGGAUGUGGUGCCCAAGCUCAAGAAAAUAAAAUUGGCACUACAACAUUGAGUCAGAUCGAGGUGUACUUUAAUAUCCAGAGUUUAGCCUUGGUUUUUUUUUGUUUGCACAACUUUGUUAUUUCUCAGUCUUUCCUAUACAUAAGUUGGUUGGUGUGUUCAAUGUCAGUAAUUAUUUCCAUAGUCUGACUGCCUCAAUAACAAAAUUGAAAUCAUUCUCGAGGACCGGAUAAUCACUGUAACAAAAGUUAAUCUAUCCGCGUUCUUUUGUCUUUUGUCUCUGAGGCAUUUCAGCAAGCACAUUGUAGCCAAAAUGGUUAAUACACUGACCUGAUUACAUAGUUGGUAAA